CGCCUGCCUUCUAGCCCACAUGCUGGAAUCCAUCUUGAAUGACGCGCCGAAAUGCUCGCCUCUGAUUGGCUCCAGGAGCCUUGGGUCGUCCGUAUAUAAGAGGCAAGGUCGCACCGCGCUUCACGGCGGCGGCGGCUCAGCUCGAGGCAACAUGAUCAGAACAAGCGUGGCGCUCCUACUGUUGGCCCUCGUGGCAGCGGGCCCGGCGAGCGCACAGCUCGUGUACACCGGACCGUACAGUCCCGCCUACAGUGCCUACUACCCCACCCAGUACACGGCCACCACUCCCUACGUUGCCUACACGACGCCCUACGUCUACACGACGCCGUACGUGGUCAGCCCUUAUGCAUACCUUUACCGCUAAGGAGAGGAACGGGUGAAGAGGCAGUCAGUGAUGUCACAUUUGAGCGGUAUACACCACGCAAGACCAACGCCAGCGCUCAAGUUCACUGGCAAAGAAUACUGUUGGAAGGGAACUUAAAACCUUGAACCUCUCAAAUUUGUUUUCUGCUCAGGAACCGAUUCUUGCUAUCCUUCGAUGUUUUGUGUACUACAGACUUUUUCAACAAUUAAAACUGGGCAUAAUAAAACUCUGCAGCGAAAA